GGGAUGAGUAAAGGCUUCAUGUAUAUUAAUACCUAUAUAUAUAUUUAAUAAUUAAUUAGAGAUCAACACAACUUGACAGAGAUCUGUUUCAGAUUAUCUUUAUCGGUUGUUUAAAAUUUUCUAAUAAUGUCCUCAUAUCUCAAAUUACUAUCAAAGUGGGAUUGCCAUGCAUGCUUUUUCAAAAAGACACACCAGUCAUCAUGGCACAGGGCCAGCAGACGAUGCAUAUCGUCGAAGAUCUACACAGCAGAUCCAAUAGAUCCCUCGGAGGAGACCUUCAGCAAGAUCCUUGUGGCCAACCGAGGGGAGAUCGCCUGUCGCGUCAUCCGCACCGCUCGCCUCAUGGGCAUCAAGACCGUAGCCGUGCACUCCGAUGUCGACUCCUAUGCCCCUCACGUAAAGAUGGCGGACGAGGCCGUAUGUCUGGGCACUGCGCAGGUGAAGGAUUCUUACCUGCGCGUCGACAGGAUCCUCGACGCCAUCCACGCUACCAAGGCCGAUUUCAUAGCCCCAGGUAGUAACAGUGGUAUCCUCGAUACGGUUUUAUCUUCAUUCACUGCACCUUCGAAAACAGCUGCAUUUUCCUUGAAGCACGAGGUAUUAUCUUGGCUAUUCACUCACUCAGUCACAUCCAUAAAAACUGAAAUUAGUGCUGUGAUGAAGAUUAAUUGAAUUGAGCUUCACCUUACUACAGGAUACGACGGCAUCGUAGAAGACGCGGAAGCGUGCGUGCGGAUCGCUCGUGAGAUCGGCUACCCGGUGAUGAUCAAGGCGUCGGCAGGAGGCGGCGGUAAGGGCAUGAGGAUCGCUUGGGACGACCAGCAGGCCAGGGAAGGAUUCAAGCUCUCGUCACAAGAGGCAGCGUCUAGUUUCGGAGACGAUAGGAUACUUGUGGAGAAGUUUGUCGACAAGCCACGGCAUAUCGAGAUACAGGUUCUUGGGGACAAACAUGGCAACGCAAUCUACCUCAACGAGCGCGAGUGUUCAAUACAGCGCCGCAACCAGAAAGUCAUAGAAGAAGCACCGAGCGUAUUCCUGGACGCGGCGACGCGGGCUGCGAUGGGCGCGCAGGCAGUGUCGCUGGCCAAGAACAUCGGCUACUCCUCGGCCGGCACAGUCGAGUUCCUCGUAGACUCCAAGAAGAACUUCUACUUCCUCGAGAUGAACACUAGACUACAGGUAGAGCAUCCCAUCACUGAAUGCAUCACGGGUGUCGACCUCGUGCAUCAGAUGAUCAGAGUGGCUAAAGGCCACCCUCUGAAGCUGCGUCAGGAGGACGUGCAAAUCAGAGGCUGGGCCAUCGAGAGCCGCGUGUACGCUGAGGAUCCCUUCAAAAGCUUCGGCCUGCCAUCCAUAGGCCGACUCUCGCGCUACCAGGAGCCCCUGCACAUUGAUAAGGUUCGGUGCGACAGCGGCGUGGAAGAAGGCAGCAACAUCAGCAUCUACUACGAUGCGAUGAUCUGCAAGCUCGUGUGCUACGGUGACACAAGGGAAGAGGCCAUCCGGACCUCCAUCAAAGCCCUCGACGCCUACGUCAUCCGAGGCGUGACUCACAAUAUUCCCCUGCUGCGUGACAUCCUAACGGAAGAGAGGUUCUGCAAAGGUGACAUCUCGACGAACUACCUGCCUGAGGUCUACCCCGAUGGCUUCAAGGGCAAGCAACUCUCUGAUGAUGAAAAGUUCGAACUGAUCUCCAUGCUGGGAUGCGUGCACGCCAAGGAGUUGCUACGUAACCGCCAAAUCCGCAACCGCACUCGUCAGAAGUCGCGUGACCGCUCGCCUACCCGAUGGGAAGUGGUAGCUUCUGUGGGGGGCGAGCACACGCCUGUCACCGUCUACAGAGACGGCUACAAUUUCAGGACUGAAAUUGGCGGAAGAGAGGCGAUCGUAAGCGGCUCGUUCGAUUUAGCGAGCCCACUUCUGGAGGCGAAAGUCAACGAUAACCACGAGACCAUGCAGCUCAUAAGGAUGGAUAUGGCUGGAGGAAUCAGAAUCAGAUACAAAGGAACUGCAUUUCAAGCUCGCGUUGUGUCGAAGCUCGCUCACGAAUACCUCAACAUGAUGCCCGAAAAGACCGUGGCUGAUGAGAGCAAGAUGGUCGUAUCUCCCAUGCCGGGACUUGUUAAGAACGUGUCCUGUCAGGUCGGCGACAUGGUGGCUGAAGGACAGGAGCUUUGUGUCAUCGAGGCCAUGAAGAUGCAGAACUCGUUGACUGUGGCCGCUUCAGGGAAGGUGAAAGCUGUCAACAUUAAGGUCGGCCAAACCGUCGAUGAAGAGGAAGUUCUUGUCGAGCUCGAGUGAUUCUGAAAAUCUUUGGUUUAAUUUGGAAAAUUUUCUCUCGCGUUUGGGGCGGAAAUGUGCGGAAGGCCACGAGAAGUUCCUCACUCCCUUACACGGAAAAUUCUUCCCGUAAAAAUACCCGAUGUUUUCUUUUAUAGAUUUUACUGUGCUAGCAACCGUAAGUAACAAAUCCUACUAUUUUCUGCAGAUAUUGCCCCUUCAGAGGUGUAUAAAGUACGCGUUGAUCAUUGACACUCGCAGACCAAAGGCUUCGUCAGAAAAAAAUUCUCUCAUUUUAAAAUGAAUAAUUGUUUCAAAUAUUUUUCUGUACAAUUGUUAUGUGAAUGAUUAUUCCGUUUUGAUGAUUAAUUUUUGAAGUUGGUAUCUGUCACGAUCGCCGUGACGAGUAAUACAAGUUUAAGAAAUGGAAGUACAAAUUGCUGCUAUAUUACCUAGCCCUCGACACGAAUGCUAACUCGUGUUCAUAAAUUAUGAGAAUUGGACGAUGAGAUCAUGACCUGCUUUUCACCUCUGCAUUAUUUUUUCACACAACUUUCACUGUCGAAUAUUAGAGUCCAUUUUCCAGAUAUGAACGUCUUCCUGUUUUGUUCUGCACCCAUGACACUAAGUUGAAUCAUAUGCCUUUGUCUUUUUGAAGCACACUUUAGAAUUGUUUUUAUCUCGAAAUAACUGGAUUGUGGCGACCUGAUUGGUUGCUUGUAUUUACUACCUGAAUUGAAUCUAGAGAGCGGGGUUGGGAGUUUUCGUGGAACGUUAUAGUUACUAUGAGGUUACUGUACAUAGUUCAAAUUAUACUAGUUGAGCUGAGUGGUAGGUCAGUGGUAGCUGAAAGCGCUUUUUAGGUUAUAGAAGCUUAGCAUGCUUUCAUCCCGGUUUCUAGUUUCCUUCGUGGCAUUUUUCUCAACUUGAAAGACAUGUAUGACCAGUAAUACGUUCAAAAAUCUAUGGUUUAAUUUAUUUAUUUUCUUGAGUUCUAUAAUUGGCAUGUGAUAUUAACAUAGCAUAGAACUGCGCUGUGUUUUAGACCACUUGUCAUAACGUGACUUGCAUUUAUAAGCGUUUCAUAAUGGUAAUGAAUUAUAAGUGUGAUUAUUUCAACUUUUCAAUGAUUGUAGAUACUUGUGUUGAAUAUUUACUUGUAUUGCUGUUGACUUGUUUUAGAUUAUUAAUAGUUGUUUCAAUUUGUUUGGUUACUUUGCUGAACGAUGAGGCUUGUUUCUCACUGGUCUACAAUGCUACGUGUUAAAUGUUCUUUGAUGACAAUUGAAUAAUUAAAAAAUAUGUGAGCACGGCUCGGUGGUCCUUUUUGUGUACCAACAAGCAAUCUGUAUUUGUAAAUGUAUCUUUUAUCUGUAGCCUUGGUGGCCUCUUUAUUCUUUCUUUCAUGUUGACAAAUGUAUGAUCAUAUGAUGAAUUUACUGAUAUUAACUAAACGAGAAAGAAUCUUAUUUGCUUUCACGAUGAAAACUGACAUGAACUCUGCAUGGGGUCAAUAUCUUGAACUGAAGACGCGUUGGGAGUUCUCUAAAAUCUUUCAGAUCUCAGCUGGUAUACUUUUUUACUUUUCUUCGGGAAUCCAGAAGUAUUGUUUUGCUCGUUUCUAUUUUUGGGAUUGUUGAUCGACGGCUCUUCCGCGUGGGAUUUGAAUUAUUGUGAAGGAUUCCUUGCAUUGACCAUUCUCGUCUCUCGUUCAAGCGGCCAAUGUGCGAUUCGCAUUUCAGACUUUCUGUUGCUGUUAUAUUUUUCGUCUGAACUGUUGACGGUGUUCUUUUCUCGCUAGCUUCAGAGCGAGAAGCGAUAGGAAAACUUGCGUCAUUUUUCUGCGUUGUCGAAGUUUGAUUUGAGAAAGUUUGUGAUAAUAUUGUCGUGCUACCACUGUAAGAAUUAUCGGUGCGAGAGGCUGCCAUGAUCCAGCCACCAUCAAGGCAAAAUGUAUUUUGACCGGCACUUAAAUGCUGCGUUGCCAACUACUUUUUGGCCGAGGAUAUCAUCGACAGCUCAUCAUACCAGACUUUAGCUAAUGUGCCUAAUCGAAAAUAUCCAUACCUGACACCAUCUCUACAUGCCAGAUUUGUGCAAUCUGGUAUAAAAAUAAACGUGGUGGCAACGUGGUUAAUUGUGCUGCCAGAUAUAUUUAGUACGAAACUAUAAUCAACCUCAAAACCCUGAGUACUCGUACUUCCAGAUUUACCAUUUUAUGUCCAUGUCAAUAUUGGCCAUUUAUCGUUUGUAGUUCCAUUAAUAACAAUCUUCAACGCCGUUUUAAGUGAAAGCUUUUUUUGGGGUUAUUUUACUUGCACAUUUUUACAAUUUGCAUCUUUACUAAUGGGCAUGAUUUACUGAAAUUUUGGUUACUUACCACACGGUAUUCUGAAGUGAACUCGUAAUUACCAUUGUUGUGUGUGCUCCCAUUGAUACUCGUACGCCGUUUAUAGCAUCAUGUAGAAAGACGAGCGUUGAAUUUUGGCUGAUUUUCUGUUAAUAAACUAUAAUUUUUUG